UAACACUAUUCUAUGAGUGUGUUUAAUCUAGUUUAUUGUUUUUAAUAAUUCUUAUCAAAAUACAAGCAAUUAAUUAAAAAUUAAACAAUAGUUUAGAAAUAUUUAUUGAGCAUUUAUUGGUGAAAAUUCAUACCCGACAUUAAAAAGCUAAAACUUCUGUGUUUAAAAAGUUUAAAACAAGAAAAAUGCUACAAAAUAUAAUAGAUUUUUGCAAUUAUUGGUGGUUUCGCUAUUUAAUGGUCACCGAAUUAUACAUGGUGGAGAAAUGGGAACGCAUAACAAUACAUGUGAUAUUUGCAGUAUUAUUUAUACUUUUUUGGUAUUUCAACUAUUCCGUACUACUUUCAUUCACUGGCAGUUUAUUUGGCAUAACUCCUAUAUCAACAAUAAUGGAACAACAAAGUAGUAAGCUCGCCGUAUAAUAAGCUCUUAAAUUAGUUAAUUAUUAAGAACAACAACCAAAAUGUUUGCUUUUAAAUGUAAAAAAAUUAAGUUCCCUAAGCAAAUUACAACAGAGAGGCAUAUUUAUUAGAAAUAAACAAAAACGUAUUAUAGUAUUUAAAAAAAAUAUAUAAAAAAAAGAACAAACAUUAAUAAAAUGCUUUGCUAUUGUAAUUUGUACUUAAACACACAAAAAAUGUAACUGAAAAAACUGAUUAUAAAAGAAGCCUUAAAUUAAAAAUACAACACAAAAACUUUAACACAUAAA